CUAAAUUGUAAACAAUCUCCGAGUUUUUCUCUUUCUUUGGGUUUUUUUUUGUAAAUGAAAUGAACACUUAAUGAAUUUUAAAAUUAAUCAAGGCUGUUAUGAAAGUCGUCAAUGUGUUGUUGUGUACUGUCAGAAUCCAGUUCAUUAUGCAAUGGUUUUCCUGAAAGAUGUAACGUCCAGUGAUUAAUUCCUUUGUUCUGGGUUUUGACUGAAGAUACCUGAGACAUAAAAGAUAUUUUGGACCAUUGAAAGUGAAACACUCUGAUAGCAGUGGAAAUCUCGAGUUUUGCGCUACAGACUUCAGACUGUUUAGUGCAGCAGAUAUGAUAGAGUUGUGUUUCAGCAAUGGCAAAGCAUUUCUGUGGAAUGCUGAUGAUAUUUAUCUUUUGCGUAAAGAUCAUCGUAUUGUCGGAGCUCUCGUCGGUAGCUACCCGAACAAACCCUUCCAGAUGCAUAAUAAAUGGCUCCCCUUGCAAUUAAUGCCGGAAGAAACUAAACUCUUAAUUGAAAAAGGUAUUGCUCGACUGGUACAGAGCCCACAAAAUGGCCCAGAUCCUGAAACUCUGGAUUCCUUUUAUCAACUUCGAGAGAAGCUUUGUGAAGAGCAGAUUAUCCUGAUGAAAGAAAAUCGGCAGAAAACCAUUUUAGAGAAAGCAGACGAAAUUUUUGAAGGGAAGAAAAGAAAACUAUUAGAGUUGAGGGAAGGAAAGACUAAAUCUAAAAAGUCAGUGGGUCAUUCCGAAACAUCCGAAAGUGUUUCAGAAGAAAUGGAAGUGUCAAAAAUUCAAGAAGAAAUUGAAUCCACAUCUGAGGGAACUAGUGAAAGCUCACUGAGCCUAAAAGGGGAUACAAGCGACAUCAUCCUUGAUAAAGACACUAUCAUUCAAGCAGAGCUUUCCAAGGUGUCUGAAAUCAGUAAAGAUCAAUGUAUGGUGCAACUUUUUGCUGAAUGUCCUUGGAAGAAAAAUAUGAUGCUUGAAGAAGUUAACUGGAGGUAUCCAAAUACUGAAGAAGAGAAACUUCGCUUUGCCGUUUUUAAAGAUCUUUGGGAAAGGGGUCUAUAUAUCACAUCGGGCUGCAAGUUUGGAGGAGAUUUUCUUGCUUACGAAGGUGAUCCUUUCAAGUAUCAUGCACUGUACAUUGUGGUCUGCAUUGAGCAAACCUCCAAGUUUCAGGCCAUCGACAUCCUGACCUAUGGUAGACUAGGCAACCAAGUAAAGAAAACCGUCGCCCUGGCAUCGGUUAAUAGCUCCGGCAUUGUAGAAUACAUUUCCCUGAAAUGGGAACCUGACAUGAGGUGACAAAA